ACCUGGUGAGGGGGAGUGCAGUUCACUGAGGGAGAGGAAGGGAGCAGUCCAGUGGCUUUGUGAUGGUGGCAGUGUUGGCUCAGAGCCUCCAGCUGGGGCAGGUCCAAGGUGGUGGGAAGGGUCUCUGUCCAAAGGAGCUGCCCCAGAAAAGGAAAGAGGAGGGGCAAGGUGCGUGCCCUGGAAGUCCUGGUGGAAUUCACCUCAGUGGUUCUGAAGGAGAUGGGGACUUGUUUGUAUUCUCGCCUCCAGUACUGAAAUAGGGGCCUGGUAUUUGUACUUUGGGGGGCCCUUUUUAUUUUUGUUUUUAUUAAUUUUUGAAGGUUGCAAAGGAAACAUGACUAGAGAGGUCAGUUGGGGAUAAAUCAUGAAAUCCUUGAAUUACAGGCCCGGAUUUGGGGCUUGACCCUGUGUCAUUGGGAACCGUUGAUGGUUUUAGAGGAGCACUCGUUAUUCGAGUCCUGUUUCAGAGCAGCGGCUGGAGUUGAGAGAAGGGAAGGCCUGGUGCAGGGGGUGGGUGGGCUUCCACCUGGGUCCUUUGCCAAAGAGUCACACACGGGUGAGAAAAUAGGUGCAAAUUACUCAGCUUUCACGGUGAAAAUUUCCCAGAUCCCACACAGUUUGUGUUUUGCAGUUGGUGUUUACAGAGGCCGGGAUUCUGUGUGCGCGCCUCUGGGUGCCUGAUUCAGGCGCCUACAGGCGAUGCCAUAGCGGGUUUGAAAACUUGAAGAGCACUGUCAAAUAAAUGUUUUAUGAGCAGGUUCCAGUGCCCUCGCUUGGCUAGUUGGCAGUCCCGGUGUCCAGGCUGUUACUGGAGUACAGUGUGUCCCUUGGGAUCUGUGUGGUUUGGGACUUUGAGAGGACCUCACACACUGCUCAGCGAGGCUGCCAGGGCGCGGAGGUGAACGUGCCGCUCCGCCCGUCGGUGGCUGGACGGAGGCUGCCGGCCACGUUGCUUGGCGCUGAGAAUGCUGUUUUUUCCACAGUGGUUCAUCAUUCGCCACCACUGCCCUCUUUUGUCCACAUUUCUCCUCCCUCUGGGAGCCUUUCCCUCUGGUGGUGGAGACCGGGAAGGAAGUCUGUCGGUGCAGCCUGAGAAUCGCAGAACCAGGUAACCAGCACACUGCUCAGCCUGACAUGCCCCCAGGUGCCCUGGGUCUGCAGGGAGCCCUGGUGGCAGAGACCUCCUCCUCCUCCCCGCCGCAGGCGCCUGACGUGAAGGAAGAGCUGCUGAAUGCACAUAACCACCACAGGACGCCGGACUUGGCCCGAAGAUAGUUGUUCUCCUACCCUCUGACUUCUCAGAGACUGCUCUGCGAUGACCACAGCACGGUACCGGCCCACCUGGGACCUGGCCCUCGAUCCCCUGGUGUCUUGCAAGCUGUGUCUGGGGGAGUACCCCGUGGAGCAGAUGACGACCAUCUCCCAGUGCCAGUGCAUCUUCUGUACCCUGUGCCUGAAACAAUACGUCGAGCUCUUGAUCAAAGAAGGAUUAGAAACGGCAAUCAGCUGCCCAGAUGCUGCCUGCCCUAAACAGGGACACCUGCAGGAGAAUGAGAUCGAGUGCAUGGUUGCGGCUGAAAUUAUGCAAAGAUACAAAAAGCUACAAUUUGAAAGAGAGGUGCUCUUCGAUCCCUGUCGGACAUGGUGCCCAGCGUCCACCUGCCAGGCUGUGUGCCAGCUCCAGGACGUGGGGCUGCAGACCCCCCAGCCAGUGCAAUGCAAAGCGUGCCACAUGGAAUUCUGCUCCGCCUGCAAAGCCAGCUGGCACCCUGGCCAGGGCUGCCCAGAGCCCGUGCCUGUCACCUUCCUCCCCGGGGAGACCAGCUCGUCUUUCAAAAUGGAAGAGGACGACGCGCCCAUCAAGCGCUGCCCCAAGUGCAAAGUGUACAUCGAGCGGGACGAGGGGUGUGCGCAGAUGAUGUGUAAGAACUGCAAGCACGCCUUCUGCUGGUACUGCUUGGAGUCCCUGGACGACGAUUUUCUCCUGAUACAUUAUGACAAGGGGCCCUGCCGGAACAAGCUAGGCCACUCCCGGGCAUCUGUGAUCUGGCAUCGGACACAGGUCGUGGGCAUUUUUGCUGGAUUUGGGCUCUUGCUCUUGGUGGCCUCGCCUUUCCUGCUCCUGGCGACCCCGUUUGUACUUUGCUGCAAGUGCAAGUGCAGUAAAGGCGAUGACGACCCAUUGCCUACCUAGAGGAAGGCACCAUGCUGGAACGAGACCCUGCCUCCCCUCCGGGAAGUGUGGCUCUCCCCACCCUGCCCCGCUGUCCCGUCCCCUUCACUAAACAUCUUUCUUGCCUUACGUGCCCCAUUGAGCUUCACAGUGUCAGGCUGGAUGCCGCGAUUUCAGGGACGAUGUCACAAUGUCUGCAUAGGCCCCAGGGGCAGCCCCCCCAGGAGCAGGCGAGGCAGGCAUGGCCAAGGCACAAUCCAGAUCAGUCUCUGCAGACGACAGGGAGGUGCUGUCAGAAGCACACCAGGUGGUUUUCUCUCUGUGGCCAUAGACUGGGAAUGUCUGGCUGUGGCUUAAGAGACUUUCUCAUACAACACAUCCUUCAUUCCUUGCUCGGUUUCCAGAUGUCGCCAUGUUGUUGAGGGAGGUCUUUGGAGGACUGCAUCCCUCUUGAGACAGAACCCGACCGUUCAUUCCAACUUGAGCAAAGCGCUCUGUUUAUGACAACCAUUUUUAUUACUAGUGGCAUUUAGGAAAAUCCUUUUUAGAAGGCAUUUUUUCCCCCAACUGAAUAGUGAAAAUCAACAAGGUGCAUAUAAACCAUCCUAUGCCUUUCUUGAAAUGUGCAUUUUAAGAAGUUAUAGUUAAAUGACUUUUCAGGAGAUUUAGAAAGCCUUAUGCACUCUGUGUUUUUUCUUGAAACUUGUUGUAAUAACUUUUUGAACGCUGUAAGCUACAUGCUGUUAUCAAUGUGGUUCCUACAUCACUGCAUUGCCUGGAAAAUGUUGCCAUAUUUAAAGGGACAGCUCCAUUAGAUUUGCCUUUUUUUUUUUCCUCUCCUUUUGGUGAUUCAACUCCACUCACAGGGCUUAUCCCUUCUCAUCUAGUUGGCAACAAAUAACCUUUUAUUGUCUUCAAACCAAUGGUUUUACUCAGAAGUGGCCCUACGUGGAAUUACUAUGGUUUGGCCUCUGGCCCCAGUCUUCGGGUAGACAGUGAGGAGAUAACAGUGCUGUGAUCCUCAGAGCCGGGGCCUCGGCAGAAGCUGCAGGACUCCCAGGGGCUGGGGACGAGCUUCCUGGAUUUUUUACAUUUUUUAAAAUGCUUCAGUUAUUUUAAAUAAUCAUAUAUCUUACACAGUUGCAAGUCCUGUCACUAACCAUUUUGCCCUUGCUGGGAAAAACCUUUUCCCUUUACUUGGUGAUUUCGAUGUGAGGAUUUACCACUUGGUCUUCUACAGAGCUGCAUGUGACUGACAGUUCCCUUGGCAGCAGGAAGCACGGAUCAAUCAGAAGACAACGUAUUGCCCCAUCACCCGACUCUGAGAAGCAGGGAAUGUGAAAGUGUUUUCUUUAAGGAGAAUUGACCCUGAAAGCCUUAGGUACUUUUAAAGAGUAAACUGCAUUGAACGUAGAACUUCUAAAAAUAGCAAAAAGGCAAACAUUGUAGAUUUAUCACAGUGGAGUUUUUAAAAAUUUACCAAGUAUUCUACAAAGAAGCGAAACAGGACCCAAAUCCCGUUAUUUCAGUUCCUUGCUGGUCGCAGGCGUGUUUCUGCCGUGUGGCCCUUGUGCGCGUGUCUGACAGCUGAGUGUGUGUGUUGGGCGCAGGGACGGUUGACCUUCCCUGUGCAGAAACUUCUUUCUUUUCCUAGCACUGACUAGAUUAGAGGAACAGGGUUGCCUCACUCUUCAUCUCUAGCAUUGAUUUUCUUUAUGAAACUGAAGCCAAUUAGAAAAUCAGCGUCAGAGUGACGUUCACCAAGUUCUCUGUGUAAUUGCAACUUGCAAGUUCCGUCACUAAGUGAGAACCGGCCUGGGCCUGUCUCUGAGGAAGACCGAGCCCUCACAGGGCUGGGAGUGUCUCCAGUCCUCAGGCACUGCCGUGGCAUCAGCUGGUAGAAUGGGUUUUCUGGAGGGGUGACAACUCUGAGUCAGUGGCCUGGGCUUGAGCCCUCAGCCUCCAUCUGUGGGUACACGAUUUAGCCAGUGCCCCUUAAAAUGCCCAGUGCAGAUGGCAGGUCCAAGCACCGACCUCUGCUGCACCCCAGUCCCUCCUGCCUGUACUUGCCGCAGCCCUUUGCAGGAGUCCAUGUGGCUGCUGUUUCUGCAUCCCUGGGGUGAGAGCUCAGAUCCACUUAUCCCUAGAGGGAUGGGCUGUUGUUCUUCCACCUUGGGAGAGUCUCCGGCCCCCACCAUCCUCGUGCCUCACCUACAGCAGCGCAGUUCACAAGCACGAGGUUGGCCCAGGUGGAGGCCACAGGGAUUCUAGGGCCAGACGGGGUCACUUUCUUACUCUGAGUUUUUUGCAUCCACAUGCCUCAGUUUGAGUAAUAAAAUUACAACCAUCUGUUCCCUCUAUACACACCAGCAAGACCACACUGAGAACACAUACACACUUGUAUCCAUUGUAUAGACUCCUAUUCUGUUGGUGAAGAAUGCUGCAUCCAUCUCUGCGGUGACAGAGCAUAAGGCGGGCCCCUCCACUGGAACUUGGGUCUGGCCGUCACUCCCCAUGGGAGACUCUGCAGUUGGCAGGUGGACUCCCUCUUACUCAGCAGGAUUCUUCUUAAUUGGAAAUGGCCAUGCACCUUUUCAGACGGCUUUCACUUGAGUGCCAUGAGAGCAUAUGACACUCAUUCAGAGGCUUUUUAAUCUUGGGGGGAGGAGAAGGCCGUGGUUGCUGGCCUACUAUCUGGGGGUGGCCAUUCAGGACACGAUGGACUUGUAGCUUAUCUGCAGCCCUUUGGUAACUGACCAUAUGAGGAGGUUUUGCUGGACAUGCCUGACCUCUCUGUUUGGCUCUGCCCAGCAGCGGGAAGCCCACUAGCUUCACCACAUCACACGUGGCCAAUGCCUUGCAGACAUGGCCUUUCCAGGGACAUGCCCAUGGCAGAGGCCGACUGACGGUCUGAGCAGAACCUCUGAGUGCGUGAAUGGACUGCUCUCUGAAGGUAUGCUGCCCCUCCAUGCCCAGGAAGAGCUGCGGAGGAAGGAACAAGUUAUCCUUCCAGCUUAUUCUUCCAUCAAACCCAUUAGGACCAAGGCCAAUUCUGGUUAGAACACAGGGCCUGUGGGACAGGGAUGACCAGCGAAACAGAAGAACCUCAAGUCGAGUUUACCCUUUUCACUUAGUUACAAAAGUUAGAAGUUACUUAAGAUGCUUGAAGGGAAAAUUUUCCCUUGGUAACAUAAUUAGGGAAUGGGAAACAACCAGGGUGGGCUUUUUAUGUAUUUUUCAGAUUCUCAUUUAUUAAUAAAUAUAUAAACCACAAUGAAAUCAUCAAGAGAAGACAAUUUGCAUGUAUAAAGCUUCAUGGAGGUCUCUUUUAAAAACACCAAAGCAUGAGUCCUUAAAAUUAACCCAAGCCCUAAUGAAAACAAGUAAAAUAAAGAGGUUAUUGACUGGUAUUGCCAAAAACUCCCAGCAGGAGAGGGCCUGCGUUAAAUGUAACUCCUGGUGCGUCACCGGGAGGCAUGCUCUUCAGAUACUUAAAGCCCCACUCCCCUGCUCUCACCCUUGCUCUGAUUUGUGUAAUCCCGUCUUCCACGACUCCAGGAGCCUUCAGUUAGAGCUAGUUACGUGCCACAUGCCUGGCCUUCUUUUGUCUGUUGCUCACAUUGCUAUGGGUGUAUUUUAAUCUUGUAUAGAAAUAUGCACGAGUGAGUCAUGCUCAUGUAUGCAUUAUGUAUUUGACACGUGGUGGUAAAACAAAAACAACAAAUUUGGUUUGUGUUUUUGAAAUGUCAGUACAUUUUGUGCCACUAACACUGUGAUGUAUAAAAGAGCUGUUUGAAUGCCUUUUAAUGUUGUGUUUUGUACUUUGGAAUCCUAUGGAAGCGUUUGAUUUGUAAUUUCAAUACAUAUUUUAAGUGUA